AUGAUGACCAUGAGUUCCAUGCCGGACUCCCUGGUGCCGGCCGACCCGAGCAAGUCCGCCUUCCUGGAGUUCGGGGGGGGCCACGGCUUCCCGGGCCACCAGCACCCCCCCCCCGGCCUGUCCCACUACCCUGUGCACGCACUUCAGCACGAGGGGCCCUUCUCCUCCGGGGCCUCCUCGUACGGCCGCCCGCUGGGCUACCCGCCGUACCACGGCCCCGUGGGCGAGCUGCACCCGGGGGCCUACCUGCCCUACCAGCACGGGGGGCACGCCGGCACGCUGGGCCUCACCCGGCUGGAGGAUGGAGAGCAGGACAAGCCCACGACGGUGAUCGAGAACGGCGAGGUGCGGCUGAACGGGAAGGGGAAGAAGAUCCGGAAGCCUCGGACCAUCUACUCCAGCCUCCAGCUGCAGGCGCUCAACCAGCGCUUCCAGCAAACCCAGUACCUCGCCCUGCCCGAGCGGGCCGACCUGGCCGCCAAGCUGGGCCUGACGCAGACUCAGGUGAAAAUAUGGUUCCAGAACAAACGAUCUAAAUACAAGAAGAUCAUGAAGAACGGCCCCUGCGGCCCUGAGGGAGACCACCUCGCCCCCCCACAGCCGUCCUCGUCCUCGCCCUGCUCCAUGUGGGACAACAGCAUGGUGGCCAAAGGUGCACCGGUGCAUUCUGGGGGAUAUAUGAACAAUUUUGGACUCUGGUACCCUGCACACCAGCAGGACUCCAUGCCAAGGACUCAGAUGAUGUGA